AAUCGAAGAACGAGAUAGAAGCCCUAGUUUUUUCAAUAUCGUAGAAUUUCGAUUUCUUCCACCACUGAAUCUUGUUGUAUUGAUCGUUUUGCUUGAAUUUUGAGAGAGCCAGCGAUUCGGGAUGACGACGGCAGCUAGACCGACGUGGGCACCGGCGAAAGGUGGGAACGAACAAGGCGGAGCGAGAAUCUUCGGCCCAUCUCAAAAGUAUUCGUCGCGGGAUAUCGCUGCUCAUACUACCUUAAAACCUAGAAGGGAAGGACAAGACACCCAAGAUGAGCUGCAACGUAGAAAUCUCCGGGAUGAAUUGGAGGAUCGAGAGAGGAGGCAUUUCUCAUCAAAGGAGGAUAGAGAACGGCGGAAGGGAGGUCAGCUUCUUUUAGAAGGGUCCAGGAGAGAACUUGAAGACCGAAUUGUUCCUCGAAGUGUGGAUGCAGAUGAUGUUGAUGCUGAAAGUGAUGAUAGUGAUGACGAAGAUGAUGAUGAUGGGGAUGAUGAAGAAGCACUUUUGGCUGAGCUUGAACGCUUAAGGAAAGAAAAAGCAGAGCAGAAAGAAAGAGAAGAACGCCAAAGGCAAGAGGAGGAACUGCAAGCUAAAGAAGAGCAACUGUUGCGUGGAAAUCCUCUGAUAAAUAAUCCAACUUCCUUUAGUGUGAAGAGAAGGUGGGAUGAUGAUGUGGUUUUCAAGAACCAGGCUCGUGGGGAGACGAAACUGGCCAAGCGCUUCAUCAAUGACACCAUCAGAAGUGAUUUCCAUCGCAAAUUUCUCCACAAGUACAUGAAAUAAGAGGUGCCCCUUUUGACAGAGUGGAUGUCAAGUGCUGGAGUUCACUAGUGAAGAACAAGUAUUCUGGUCUCUAUUCGUCGGUUUCUGUCAAAAUAUUCCUGAAUGUAAUAUAUAUUCAUAUAUAAGUAUGGGUUUUUGGAUUGAUGACCUCUUCUUACAUUCUGUCUUCUUAGGUGGAAUGUUUUCUGGCAAAUCAAUCCUUAUUUGUGUUUAAAUUUGACAUUAAAGAGGAUGGAUCUCGGUUUCGUAUGCCCGUUGUUGUUUAUGCUGAAAAUACUCUAUUUGUGUUUCGAAUUUGGUAUUUGUGGUAUAAUGUUAUUGUUCUGUUUUC